CACUGCAGUAGGAAUGCCGCUAGACGCCACAUUGAUAAUCCACACACGUCUUUACUCAGAUUAUUAAACAUAAUGGAUAUAAUCUUUAAGGUACUUUUUCUGUAUCAUCUUUGUCAGUUUUGUAAUGCAAACUGCAAUGGGGAGUUUCAAGGCCAGUGCUAUACAUUUGAAUGCGGGAAUUCUGAUAUAGACGAUGCGGUGGAUAGCUGUAACUCAGUUGGCGCUACACUUGUAUCAAUCCAUUCAAUGGAGGAAGAAGAAUUUGUCAGAGAGCUAGUUAGAGAUUCCAUUCAUUUUAGAGUGUUUAUAGGACUCAUAUUAGAAUACUCGACAAGGGAAUAUUAUUGGACAGAUGGGAGUGAUGUUGAUUACAUGACUGAUGCACAGGACUUCGAAGAGAUAUGGUGGGAGUUAUGCACCGCUUUAGAUGGAGGCAGGAACUACGAUUGGGAAGACGUUGGAUGUAGUGAAAAUCACUGUGGUAUAUGUAAACAAGUUCUUGAUGAAGAGGCUCCAGUUAUAACAUGCCCGGAUGCAAUUAGUGACGUGGCGGAUCCAAACCAAUCGUAUGCAGCCAUGACAUUAGAUAAUGCUGAGGCCACGGAUAACAUAGGCGUGACUCACCUGUACUGCAGCCGAAUCGGUUCAUCCCAGCUUAAUAUCGGAUUGACAACAAUAACAUGUACAGCAACAGACGCUGCGAAUAACCAAGCUCAGUGUACAUAUGACGUCACGGUUACUGGUACGCAAGAACUCAUCAUGCGAAAUAAUUGA